UUGAUGUGUGUUUGAUGAAGAUGCACACACUAACUCAAAACUUUCUCUUUUUCUCCACAGAGAACAUCAAAGCUCCAGUUUGGACACAGACCAUUCCUAAGGUUCUCAAAAGAUACCGUCAUGAAGAUCUUCUCAAGAUCACAGAGUACUUCAGGCCCUGCCUGGCCUAUCUGAUCAAAGCUAAGAUGACGAACAUCCUGGAGAGCCUGGUCAGCAAGAAGGCUCUCACCAAAGAUGCGUCAAAGAUUGUCAAAGUCAAAGAAGAGUCUGAGGGGACAGAGGCUGUGGACUCCUUCAUCGGUGAAGUAAUGAAGAAGGACCGAGUGGUGCUGAUCAGCCUAUGGGAGGCGCUGGCUGAGCAACUUGAGAGAAUCCAAUCACCAAACCUAAUAACAUUAAUAGAGGAGGUGAUAGAAGAGAGAAUGAAGCUCUUAGAGGAGAUUGACACCAGAAACGAGCCUCCUGCCCUUGACCCUCAUAUUAAAGACCUCCAUGAGACACACAGACAGGCUGUGUCUGAAUCCACAAGAACUAUGGGGGCUCAAGCUUCUCCUGGAGAUCCACACACCACAGCUGUGGGCUUUGAGACUCGAUACACAGAGUUGGUGGCCAUUGAACAGGACACAAUAAAUCAUAAGGAGACUGAACAUGAACCUAUGAAAACUGGGAGGAUUCAUGAAGAGCUCAUGAAGAAAGGAGCAGCAGAGAAAUGUGAACGAAUCUGGAUUGAGCAGCUGUUUAGGAAAAGUCCUGUAAGUGUAAAUCCAAUCAACAUCAUAGUGGUCAGUGGGAUGGUGGGAAUAGGGAAGACCACCAUGAUUCAGAAGAUCAUGUAUGACUGGGCCAGAGGCACUCAGUACCAGAGGUUUGCAUUUGUGUUCCUGUUUAAAUUUAAAGAGCUUAACCUCCUAGACAAUGAGAAUGAGACACAAAUGUCACUGACCAAAAUGAUUGAAAGGCACUAUAAAUAUCUCAGUGAUGAUCCACUGAAAGACGUUCUGAAGAAUCCUGAAGCUCUCCUGUUUAUAUUCGAUGGACUGGAGGAAUACAAACACAAACUGGACUUCACCCAGAGUCAGCUCUGCUCAAACCCAGACCUUGAGGUGCCUGUCCACAUCCUGGUCACCAGUCUGGUCAGUCGGACAUUACUGAAGGGCUGUUCAGUCCUGAUAACAAGCAGACCAAGAGCCUUGGAUAAUGUGGACAUAAAGAGAGCUGAUCGAGUUGUAGAGAUCCUGGGGUUCUUUCCUGAUCAAAGGCUGUUGUACUGUAAGAAGUUCUUUGGUGACUCUGCUCUUGCUGCUCAGGCUUUUCGGUAUGUCAAGAAGAACACCACCCUGUACUCAAUGUGCUUCAUCCCCUCAUACUGCUGGAUGAUCUGCUCUGUGCUGAGGAGCCACUUCACAACACCUGAAAAAGCCAAAAGUGAAGCUCUGCAAGUAGGUCAGUGGCUCUGUGAGACUCAGAAUAAGGAGUUAAUUAGAAACACCAUUGGAGAGGAAUUAAAGAUGAACUUUAGAAGCAUGACUUUAUCUGCUCUGGACUGUGCUGUGCUGGCCUCUGUCAUCAGUUGCUGUGGAGAGCUUAAAGAACUUGACCUGUCACAUACACCUCUGACCCCUGAAUGCAUCAAGAGACUGGAGCCGGGGCUCAGCUGCUGCAGCGUAGUUCGGCUGAUGUCAUGUGGUCUCACCUCGGCCUGCUGUUUAGCUCUCUCCUCGGUCCUCUCGUCUCCAAACUCACAACUGACAUUUCUGAACCUGACCGACAACCACCUGGGAGAUUCAGGGGCCCGUCAGCUGAGUGAGGGGCUCAGGAGUGACAACUGUAAAUUAAAGACUCUGAGGCUGCAGAACAACAGGAUCAGUGAGAGUGAGGAGAGGAACCUGAGGUCACUAGAGGAGGAGCUGAGCAGGUCUGGACGGCAGCUGACUAUCUACACAUGAGAAGACCAGCAGUGGUGAUCAGACUGGCCCCCCCUGUCAGUGAUGGAGCCCCCCGUCCACUCUCCCCUAAAUUCUCCUCUUUCCUCUUUUUCUUCUCCUCUCAGCUCUGCUCCUCAUUUAAUAAACUCUCCGUGUCCCCUCA